GCAGGUUUCAAUCAUGUCAAGCGGUGAUGACAAAAAACACCAAGUGAUCAUUCCUUCAUGCUCAAAGCUAUGCAACAACAAUUUCAGAGGCUAGACAUCAUGUUUGGUGAAAUUAAAGACAAAAUGGAGAGGCAAGAUGCAACCAUUGCCAAGUUAUACCAAACAGAGAAUGGAAGUCCAAAUUUGCAUAAUCACGAUCUUGACGACAAUGAUGAAGAUGCAUUCAACGAUAAUGCCCAGAACUCAAAUUUCAGCAUGGACAGAUUUAUGAGAGGCAGCAUCAAGAUGAAGAUUCCUCCAUUUCAAGGUAAAAAUGAUCCAGAUGUGUAUUUGGAGUGGGAAAAGAAGGUGGAAUUGGUGUUUGAUUGCUAUAACUACUUUGAGGAAAAAAAGGUGAAACUAGCAGCAGUGGAAUUUACUGAUUACGCUGUGGCUGUGAUGAGAAAACGGUUUGUUCCUAGUCACUACUACCACGAUCUCUAUCAACGAUUAAAAGGCCUUACUCAAGGGUCCAGAAGCGUUGAGGAUUAUCACAAGGAGAUGGAAAUCGCAAGGGUUAGAGUGAAUGUCGAAGAGGAUAGAAAAGCAACAAUGGCAUGGGGGCAUGUUGCAUCGCAAUGUCCUAAUAAGCACACGAUGAUCUUGAGAGAAGAUGGAGAAAUUGAAACCAAGGGUGAAUCGGAUGAUGAAUCUAUGCCACCAUUAGAAGAUGCUAAUGAUGGUGUGGAAUAUGCUGUUGAUGGAGAACUGCUGGUCACCAGUUGUACUAAUGUAGCUAGCACUGUUUUAGUUGAAAAGGUUAAUUUACCUAUGACGAAGCAUCCAAGGCCAUAUAAGCUGCAAUGGUUAAACGAUUGUGGAGAAAUCAAGGUAAAUAAGCAAGUUCUGGUUUCAUUCCCUAUUGGACGAUAUAAGGAUGAGGUACAUUGUGACGUGGUUCCUAUGCGUGCUAGACAUUUACUUUUAGGGAGACCAUGGCAAUAUGAUAGGAGGGUAACACAUGAUGGCUUCAAAAAUCGCUAUUCAUUUGUCAUGGAGGGAAAAACAAUUACUCUUGCACCAUUGAGUCCAAGGCAGGUUUAUGAGGAUCAACUGAGAGUAAAAAAAGAGAGUGAGUUGAGAAAUGAGAGUGAGCUUGAGGGUAUGAAAAACAAAAAGAAAACAGCAGAAAAAGAGUCCAAAAAGAGAGAAAAGAUUGAGAGUGUUGAAAACAAAAAGAGAAAAUCAGUGAGUGUUUAUGCAAAAGAAAGUGAUGUCAAGGACUUCAAGGACGUGUUUCCAGAAGACAUCCCUAAUGGUUUACCACCAAUAAGAGGAAUUGAGCAUCAGAUUGACUUCAUUCCAGGGUAUUUUGUUUCAGUUGAUGGACAAACAAAAGUGGUUAGUAGGGCGUUGUCAACCUUAUUGCGAUCUAUUAUUCAGAAGAACUUGAAGAAUUGGGAAGAGUGUUUGCUACACGUUGAAUUUGCUUACAACCGGAGCAUCCAUUCAGCAACUAAUUGUUCGCCAUUUGAGGUUGCAUAUGAUUUUAAUCCACUCACCCAUUUGGAUUUAUUGCCAUUAUCCAUUGAUGAACGAGCUAGUUUGGAUGGGAAAAAGAAAGCUAAAGUGGUUAAGCAACUACAUGAGAGGGUGCGACAAAACAUAGAGCAACAAACUGAGCAAUAUGCAAAUCAAGCCAACAAAGGGUGCAAGAAAGUUGUGUUUGAACCUAGAGAUUGGGUUUGGGUGCAUACGCAGAAGGAACGAUUCCUUGCACAAAGGCGUUGUACGUUGCAACCAAGAGGCGAUGGACCAUUUCAAGUGAUUGCAAGGAUAAACGACAAUGCAUACAAGUUGGAGAUUCCUGGUGAAUAUAAUGUUAGUGCUGCUUUUAAUGUUUCUGAUCUUUCUCCUUUUGAUAUAGGUGACGAUUUGAGGACAAAUCCUUUUGGGGAGAGAGGGAAUAAUGGGAAUCAAGACGACAGCAUAUCUACUACGUCAUGUGAUCCAUUACACACCCAAGGAGGUCUAGUCACGCGAGCUGGAGCUAAGAAGAUGCGUAAAGUUUUAAAUGGCCUUAUUGAGCAGAUAUGGGUUGAAAACAACAUAGAACAAGCAAAUCAAAGCUUGGAUGAUUAUCAAGGUGUGGUAAACAUCAUUCAGGUUCAAGAGAAGCCUAGUUGAGGUCAUUUGCACGGAAUUAUACAGUUCGCAUCAAAAUCGCACAAUUCUACCGCAAUUUGUAGCAAACUGAUAUUUCGUGUUAUUUUAGGUUAUUUUUAGUGAUUUUCACGUUUUUUGUAUUAUUUUUGGGCUGAACAUUUGCUUAUUUGAAGCCUAAUUCGUGGUUAUUAGGUUUAGGACUUAUGGUGUUAAUUUCCUAUUCUGACUAGGAUGUUUUCUCUAUUUAAAAAGCUUGUAACCCUAAUGGGGAGGAGACUAUUGAAUCUGAGAUUUUGAGAGACUUUUCUCUUUGGUUCGUUUCAGAAAUUUACAGAACUUAUCAAGAUUAUUCUUGUGGCGUUCUAACCUGACUUAUCAUUCUCGUUCUUAAUCGUUCGAGGUGUGGCGUCAACCAACUUUAUACCUCUAGUUCUUGUUGCAUCAUAGACAACAGGUCAAGGUUUUUACCUUUGGUUCUUGUUGCGACAUAAACAACGAGUCAAGGUCCUAUUAUAAACCUGAUUUAGCUUU